UUAUUUGGGCCGGACUGCCAGCCCAACCCGAAUCGAAGGCAAUCAUGAAAUACUGAAAUGUUCAUGGGGAAGUGUGGAUAGGGGAAGGAAGAGCAUUAAAUCAAAGCUUCGAACUUUCGGAAGGAGAUGAAUUAAGCUACUUUUUUUGUGUUGAGGAUAAUUGAAUUGUUAAUCGAGUUGUUUAGGAUUUCCGUAAUAUAGAUGAGCUGAUGAAGAGAUAAGCACGGCGUUUAGAGGCUGCAAAAACAUUAUUACCUUGGCUUCAAGUAUUAGUCCAGAAAUUUGAUAUCAUUAACGUAUCAAUUUUGCCUUCCUACAGGAAAACAAUAUAAAGCUUAUAACAGUAAACCUCUAUUUACCGAUUUUGUGUGAAUCCUAUGAUGAGUUCUCCAGUUUUAUCAACCCCUUUCCCGCUCCAUAAACUACCAGCAUCGAGGCAUCAUUCACUGCGUCAGCAGACUUGCUCUUAUUAUCACCUACCCAUAAGUCGUUCUUCCAUCACCCGUCCUUUCAAAAAUGGUUAUUUAUCAAUUAGUGUAGUAACUCCUGCAAAUGAAGGUGCAAUCCCUGUCAUGAAUUUUGAAGACCUUUUAGAGAAAGAUUGGUCAUUUCUUGAUACAGACCAUACACGUGCUGCUGAAGUAGAUAAGAAGAUUGAGAGGAUCAUGUCUGCUGGAGAAAUUGGGCAGAGUUCAAUGGUUUUAGUUUCUAUAGGUUCAGAACAAUUUGUGGAUAAAUUGGUUGAAUCAUCACCCUGUCAGCAAUUACUUAUUGUCCAUGAUUCACUUUUAACAUUAGCCUGCAUAAAGGAGAAGUAUGACAAGGUUAGUUGUUGGCAGGGAGAACUAAUCCAUCUACCAGAAAAGUGGGCAUCUUUUGAUGUUGUGUUCCUCUACUUUUUGCCCUCGCUGACAUUUUUACUUGAUCAAGUGUUACAAUCACUUGCUAGUCGUUGUUUGCCAGGUGCAAGACUUGUAAUCAGUCAUCCAGGCGGGAGGGAAGAGCUUGAACGACAGCGACAACAAUAUCCUGAUGUUAUAGUCUCCAACUUGCCUGAUGAGAUGUCCUUGGAAAAUGCUGCAGCAAGCAGCGCAUUUGAGGUGAUCGAGUUCGUUGACGAACCUGAUUUUUACUUGGCAGUUUUAAAAAUCAAAGCAAAAUGUUGAUAAGUUAGUAAAUUUGAUCCUGAAACUGGUCACUUUCGGGAUAUAUGAGUUUAAAGAUUAGCAUUAAAUAGCUUUUUUGCUUAUUUUUCUUUGACAAUAUUUUUUUUGCUUAUUUUAGUAAAUGCUUGGUUUCAUUUGUUAA